AUGAAGAGCUUCUUCCUUACCUGUGCCCUAUUGGCCUCGUCCACCUACGGACACAUCCAAAUGUCCAAGCCAUUCCCUAUCCGCAGUCCCUUGAACCCAGCAAACAGCGAAAAGGACUACUCGUACACCAGUCCUCUGUCCACCGAUGGAUCCAACUAUCCCUGCAAAGGCUAUCAUAAAGAUGCCUUCAAUUCCGUGGCCAGUUAUAGCCAGGGUCAGACAUAUCAAAUCGAGCUCCAGGGCAGCGCUACUCAUGGCGGAGGGUCAUGCCAGAUUUCCCUGUCCUACGACAACGGACAGACUUUCCAAGUCAUCCACUCGAUGCUCGGCGGAUGUCCGUUGCAAAGCAGCUACAGCUUUAAGGUUCCCGCAGACGCUCCCUCCGGCCAAGCUCUCCUUGCCUGGAGUUGGUUCAACAAGAUUGGCAACCGCGAGAUGUACAUGAACUGCGCUCAAGUCACCAUCGGCAGCGGUGCUCGCGAAGCAGGGUUUACAUCUGUCUCCCGUCGCGACGCCUUCAGCAGUCUUCCGCCUAUCUUCAUUGCCAACGUCAACGGCCCCGGCCAAUGCAAGACAAUCGAAGGCCAAGAAGUCAACUUUCCCCUCCCCGGCCCAGACGUCGAGGGAAGCCUCUCCGGCACGGGCUACGAGUGCGCCGCAUCCGCUCCGUUCCUACGCACUUCCAAGUCCCCCAACGCUGCAUUGUCGACCGGCGCAGACUCGGACUUCCCCACCAUCUUCGACUCCGACUCCGGCAUGGAUUCUGAUUCCUAUAACACCGGGUCCGCUAAAGGCACUCCCAGCACCACCUCCCUAGCGCACGCCCCCUUGGCAUCCUCCUCCGCCGCUGUCGCGUCGCCUUCAUCCUCCUCAGUGGCAGAAUCCUCUGCAGCCAGGGCCGCCUCCUCUUUCGGAGUAACAGUUCCAACCCUACGCCCCGAGUUCCCCAUCGGAGGCCCAGACACUCCUUGCGUCCCCGGAACCGUGAUUUGCUCCAGGGACGGCGGCAGCUGGUGGCUCUGCAACCAGGGUUAUCCGGUACACAUGGGCAAGGUCGCUGCGGGGACUCACUGCGUUCAUGGCGCGAUGCAGCGUCUUGAUUAA